AUGGUGCUGAUCGCCAGGCCUGAUCUGUUGAUAGCGCUGUUAAAGGAUCAAAUCUGUGCUGCUGUGCUGCUUCUUCAUGAAGAGUUUAUAAAGCAAGAGUUUAUGGUGCUUGCUGCAGCUCAAAGUAGUUGUCCAGCUAAUGCUGGGGUGCCGGGCUCACCUGGACACAACGGCAGCCCUGGCAGAGAUGGAAGAGAAGGGUUUCCUGGACCAAAUGGAGAAAAAGGAGAUCCAGGAGUUGGUGCACAGGGACCCCCAGGGAAAAUAGGACCACCUGGUGUUGCUGGCCCUCAAGGACACCAAGGGAAUCCAGGUCCACCAGGCACUGGUGUUCAAAGUGCAUUAGUAAUACAGCAUCAAUCUGAUGUCAAAAACCUAACAGACAGACUCACUGUAGUUGAGAAAGUCCUAGGAUUUCGCAUGUUCAGGAAAGUGGGCCAGAAAUAUUACGUGUCUGAUGGGCUGGUGGGAAAUUUUGAAAAGGCACAGAAGUUCUGCUCUGAUGCUGGGGCUAAAAUUGUCCUGCCAAGAAGUGAAGAUGAGAAUAAAGUUCUAACUUCAAUGCAAGCUGCCCUUGAGUCUACUUCCGUAUAUGUUGGUGCAACACACAGAAAGAAAGAAGGGCAUUUUGUGGAUAUGAGUGACCAACCAUUAACUUUCACCAACUGGAAUGAAAAAGAGCCAAACGAUUAUAAUGGAGCAGAGGACUGUACAAUUAUUUACAAAAGUGGUCUGUGGAAUGACACUGACUGUAAUUCAGAGCGUGAACUGUUGGUCUGUGAACUGUGAAACCGAUUAUGAAUUUUUACUGCUCUGAUGUUUGAAUGA